AUGGCUGAGUACAAGCUAGAGGUGACAACAGGUGACAAGCAAUAUGCAGGAACAUGGGACCACAUAUAUGUCACCUUAUUUGGAACUGAAGGGCAGAGUGAGAGAACUGAGUUGGACAACUAUGGCUCUGACUUUUCAACGGGGACAACAGGGACCUACACCGUGAAAACCAGUUUAUCUCUGGGGAAACUCCUGCUGGUUAAGGUGGAGAAAGAUCCAUUUUUGUAUCUCCCAGAAGAUGAAUGGUACUUCUCCAAAGUCGUGGUGACGACUCCAGAAGGAGAAGCCAUUCUUUUCCCCUGUUACAGAUGGAUCUCCAGGGGAGAACUGGUGGAGCUGAGAGGAGGGAGAGCCAUGAAAACCUUUGAGGAGGACCAUCCCCUGCUGAUUGACCACAGGAAAAAAGAGCUGAUACAUAAAAAGAACUUUUACCAAUGGAAGAGUUUGGGUGAAGGACUACCCAACAUUGUCUGCUUCAAUGAUCUGUCUGAGCUCCCAGCUGAAAUCCGCUACUCUAAGUCCAAAUCAACUGAAUCAGAAAUCAUAACAUUGUUGACUAACAUUGAACUCAAGCUUAAGGGGCUGUUUGGAUCUACUGAGAAAUGGGAAAGCAUUGAAGACAUGAAAAAAAUCUUCUGGUGCAAAAAGACAACAUUGUCAGAGUAUGUUUCUGAGCACUGGAAGGAGGACGACUUUUAUGGAUCCCAGUUUCUGAAUGGAGUCAACCCCAAUAUGAUCAAGCGCUGCUCAGAGCUUCCCCCAAACUUUCCAGUCACAGAGGAGAUGGUGAAGCCGUUCCUGACAGAGGGAAGCUCUCUGCAGAAGGAAAUGGAGAAAGGCAACAUAUUCCUCUAUGAUCAAAAGAGGAUGGAUGGAAUAACUCCUAGAGCAAAUUAUGGUGAACUUCUGCACGUGACUGCUGGUCUCUGUUUGCUCUACGUGAACCAAGAAAAAAAACUGAUGCCAAUUGCAAUACAGUUGCAUCAACAACCUUCGGAGCAGAAUCCCAUCUUUCUGCCAAGUGACCCAGAGGCUGACUGGCUGCUGGCAAAGAUGUUUAUUAAAAAUGCAGAUUCCAUGGAUCAUCAAGCCGUCCAUCACCUCAUGAACACUCACUUUCUGGCUGAGGUCUAUGCUGUUGCCGCUCUUCGCAGCUUCUCUGUGAUUCAUCCCCUCUACAAGCUGCUGAUCCCACACUUUCGCUACACUUUCCACGUCAACAUUGGAGGCCGCACAUAUCUUUUUGGACCGAAGGGGACUUUGAAUGGGAGUUCACUUGGAUAUGACGGACUUGCAAAGCUCAUGAGAAGGGCUCACUCUGAAACGACCUACAGCUCCCUCUGUCUGCCAGAGAACAUCAUUGCACGAGGACUGGAGUCCAUACCAAACUUCUACUACAGAGAUGACGGCCUGAAGCUGUGGAACAUCAUCAACAGCUUUGUGAAGGCAGUAGUGGAGCACUAUUAUCCCUCAGACAGUGAGGUGUGUAAAGACACUGAGCUGCAGGAAUGGAUCAGUGAGAUAUUCACACAUGGCUUCUUCGGAAACAAAGCCUCAGGGUUUCCAGCAGGUUUUCAUACUGUUGAAGAGGUGAUCAAGUUCAUCACCAUGGUGAUCUUCACAGCCACAGCUCAACAUGCUGCAGUAAACAGUGGGCAGUACGACUACUACUCCUGGCCACCCAAUGGCACACUCCUGCUGCACAAGCCUCCUCCAACCACCAAGGGACAGUCAAGCAUGAGGACAAUUUUGGAGACCCUCCCAGAUGUUGGCGAGACAGUCAGCUUUGCAGCACUGACUUGGCUGCUUACAGAAAAAUACACAGAUGUUGUUCCCAUGGGUUCAUACCCCGAGGAACGUUUCGAUGAGCCUGCACCUAAGCAGAUGAUCAAGGAAUUUCAAGCAGAGCUGUCCUACCUCAGUGAGGCAAUUACAGCAAGAAACUCACAGCUUGAAGUACCCUACACAUAUCUGAACCCUGCUGACAUAGAGAACAGCAUAACUAUUUAA